AUGCAAGUGGUUACAAUUAUAACACUACUUUUCUUUUGUAAAGCAGCUGACUUUAGGAAGACAAGAAAUGGAAGUUCAAGAAACAAAGCUAAUAAUGGAAAGGCAAAUGGUCUGAGAAAAGCAUCCAGCACUGUUAAGCGCUAUACUCCAGAACUCCCAUGUGAUGUAUACACCUACCUUCAUGAAAAAUACUUAGAUUGCCAAGAAAGAAAACUGACAUUUGCACUGUCUGAUUGGCCAGAAGAUUUAAAACAUAUGCUCCUAGCAAGAAACAAGAUUCGUAAGCUGAAGAACAAUAUGUUUUCCAAGUAUACAAAAUUAAAAAGUCUAGAUUUACAACAGAAUGAGAUAUCAAAAAUUGAGGAUGAAGCAUUUUUUGGUUUAAACAAACUAACUACACUUUUACUCCAGCACAACCAGCUUAAGAUCUUAUCUGAAGAGGUGUUUAUUUACAUGCCUCUUUUAAGUUACUUACGCCUGUAUGAUAAUCCUUGGCACUGCAACUGUCAGAUGGAAACUCUUAUAACAAUGCUGCAGCUUCCGAGAAACAGAAACUUGGGAAAUUAUGCUAAAUGUGUACAUCCAACAGAACUAAAAGGUCAAAAGCUCAGGCAGAUAAAAGCUGAACAGCUGUGUAGUGAAGAAGACAGACUGGAUCCUCACAGACCAGUAAUACCAAAACCUAAAGCCACCAGACCUGAAUUCGACUCUUCUCUCUGCCACAUUUACGUGUUUCCUGUACAGACACUGGACUGCAGAAAAAAAGAGUUAAACAAAGUUCCUGUUAACAUCCCUCCAGAUGUAGUUAAACUUGAUCUAUCUAACAAUAAAAUCAAGCAGCUACAGUCUAAGGAGUUUGAAGAUAUUAAUGAACUGAAAGUAUUAAACCUCAGUAGUAAUGGAAUAGUUCACAUAGACCCAGCUGCUUUUGUAGGACUCAACAAUCUGGAGGAAUUAGAUUUAUCAAACAACUCCUUGCAGAAUUUUGAAUAUGGAGUACUGGAAGACUUGUACUUUUUGAAAAUACUGUGGCUUAGAGGAAACCCUUGGAAAUGUGACUACAACAUUCAUUAUCUUUUCUACUGGUUGAAGCACCACUACAGUGUUCACUACAAUGGUUUAGAAUGUAAAAAACCUGAGGAAUACAAAGGCUGGUUUGUUGGAAAGUAUAUCAGAAGCUAUUAUGAAGAGUGUCCCAAAGGUAAGCUCUCUGUUUACCCAGAAACAUUUGAACAGGAUACAGAAGAUGAAGAAUGGGAAAGGCAUAAAGAACACCCAGUUCAAACGGCAAAGAAACAUGGAGUAAUUGUCACUGUAAUAGGUUAAUUUGUUCACUGCUACAUUCAAACGUUUGAUAUUUUUGUAAAAAAAGGCAGUUUAUAUUUUUGUUACGUGUGGUGUUUGUUCAUAAGGGAAUAUCUGCUAAAAUAUUUUUCAGUACUA